ACAAUGGAUGUAUGUAUGCGUGAGUCAUUGAAAAGUGUACGAAUCAGGUGAAGCAUGAACGUUAUACUGAGCGUCGUGAACAGCGAUAUCUUGUCACUGAGAGGAUGAAUUUUUUCGUUAUUUUACUUAUAUUCCACGGAAUAAGUUGGACGGUAUCUCAACUCCGCAUCCCGGACGAACUUAAGGAAUGUUACGUGAAUAAUAACAUGCACCAUUUUCAUCUUCCCAUGAACAUGCGCGUGCUCUUGGACAUUAUUCGCAAAGCAGAGACGUAUUCCUACACUACGAUGGAUAUCAGAACAAUGUCAUCUUCCUUAAUACACAGAUUUAAGCUUGAUGGCAUCAAACAUUAUAAAGAUGUACAAGAAAGGGAUGGAAUACUUCCUUUUGGGCAGUCUGGAAGACAAAAUAUCAAAUAUAAAUUGAUAAAGGAAUUAGUUCCAGGAAAAUCGGAAUUCUUUCCGUUCGACGCGCUCACGGCGAUAGAACGGUGCACUUUACAUCAAGCUAUCUCAAAUACAAUAAUGAAAGAAGAUUCACGUGGCAUGAAUACAUUAUGUGAAGACAUCGGACAGAAAUUAACAGGCUUUGGAUAUUGUGAUAUAGGUAGAAUUUUAUAUGCCAAUCUGUGGAAUUGUCCGAGGGAAUACGGAGUGAUUCUUACGUCGUAUGGAACUAUUGCUCCAGGUGCUAUUAUAGGAGCCAUCGCUGCUUCUCUUGAGCAUCAGAAUGUUGGAUUAGAUGAAAUCAUUAACGCAAUAAAGAAAUCUGGAUUAGAUGAAAGCAUUAACAAUUUCGAAAAACCUACCACUAUAGCUAGCGUGACUUACAUUGAAGACGUUGACUUUAUUGUACCAAGAAAUGAAAUAAUUCAUGAUAGAUCAAUGCCACAUCUUUACUCGCUUGAGCCACUAAAAUUAGACAACGUAUGGCUAACAACGAUUGCAGGUGAUCUAGCAGAGAUGACAGUAUACCAAGGACCUAUAUUAUACUCCGAUAUGGAACUUGGAGCCACCGGAUUUUGGAAUAACACUAUACGUCCUGGUGUUUAUUAUUUAAAAAAUCAAAAUGGUUACUUUGAUGCCACUCGUGCUGAGAUAGUCGGUGAUAUCGAUGGUCUCAUCAUAGCGAAUAAAGUACACACCUGGGUAAACGACUUUUACAGUCUUCGUUUGAGUCAAAUUCUUGAUAUGUAUUACUCCGAUGAAGGUAUAACUUUAUUUAAUGAAAACAUGAAAGUCUGUGACCGGAAGAAGGCUUUCUCGUAUGUUGUAUCAAGAACGCUUUUGCAUGAGCAGGUUUUUUUUUUCAUACAUUUCAAUACGUGCGCCGCAUCUCAUCUUUUGGCCUACCUUAACGAUAUCGUAUUCAAAUCUCCAGGGGCUCUUAAACGACUGGUCGAUCAUGCAAUUGCUAAAUUCUUAGUUUAUGCAAACGAUCACCUUUUAACAGAAUUACUCUGUCGAAACGAAAAACGUUAUCCACAAGUAGAAGCGUUGAUCUCAUUCGACGGUAGUUGGACUGAGGAAUAUACAAUGGAUUUUGUUGCAGCCUUAAUAGAUGACUUAGAUGUAUCAAUGUACGGCUCAAAAAUGGGAAUUUUACACGGUGCAUCGGGACAAUGGUUGCUCAAUGUAACAAGCAGUCCUAGUCUUGCUUAUUACGCUAUAUCUAACUUGAGGAAUAUUUCAUGGCCCACGCAUUUAGAUUUCAUUACAACGUUGAAUGCAAUAUCCAAUUAUUUAAAUGAAACCUGGGAGACAAAAUGGCAACAUCAUACAAUAGGAAGCCUCGGUCAAGUGAUCGUGAUAUUAGCUCCAUUGGCUCAGUUCUCUGAAUCAGACCAGCAGACAAUUUUAAAACUAUUAAAAGAGAUGAAGCAUCUUCAUCCCGAGCUAUAUUUUUUAUAUUACGUAUCGGAAUACAAUUCACAUCUUUUUCAACCGUUUCUAUUAUCAGAGCAAGAUCAUUUAAUACUUGGCCCCGAUAUUGAUGCCAUUGCACAAUAUCUGUCACCGUUACCGCGAACUCUGAAGCCAGUAACUAUGUCGAAACUUGAUACAGAACCAGAAUUCAAGGAUGAAAUAGAAAAUUAUAUAAGUCCUUCUAAAUCAGUUACAUAUAUGUUACAUUCACAAUAUACAGCUGAUAUGAAGAUAACAAUUACAGUCCAUAAUUUUGGCUACGGAACGAUAAAAGCUUGUUUUUGGAAUCAAUUCGAUGGGGAAGAAGCUAUGGCAUGUCGACAGUUUGAUGCGCAUAAGGGAAUUAGCUUACUCAACAACUACCAAUGCAUUGAUACACGUUGUCCUCACAUAUAUCUUCGUAUACAAAACGCCACUUCCUUUAACAAAUGCGCAGAAAUGGAAUGUAGAUCACCGGAUCAAGUGAGAUAUAUCAUAAGGAUGCAAAAUACAUACAACUCUGCGGAAAAAAAGAUAUCUCUAAAUGUAUUUGUAACUUUUUACUUAUAUUUACAAUUAGUUAUAUUUAAUAUAUAACGAUCUUGCUUAAUCAAAUUAAAGCGUCUUAAGAUAUCAAAA